UCGCGUAUCUAGUUGACACACACACACACACACACAGCUCUUCUCUUGCAUUACGUUGUAACUACAUUUCUCAGUGAACAUAACACCUCCGGACUGCGUCAACUUCACGGUGUUUGUCUCGCGCCCCACAGAAAGAUUAAAAACAUGUCGACAGUCUUCUCUUUCCAGACACAGCUCGUCUCCAUCAUGGACGCGUUAUCCAAAACAGCUGUAAUGGAGAUAAGCAAACUGGUCGAGAUCGAGUCGAAGAUGCUUAAGAUUGAGAUAACUCGCGGGCGGAACGAAAUCGUCUCGCUCACAGAGAAGCUGCAGCUGAUGGAGAAGUUGCUUUACCUCGCGCAGGGCGGCAGGACGCAGGACGCAGCAGCAGCAGCAUGCUCUGCGGUGAGGGACGCUUCAGAGGACGGACUCCUGGAGCCUGACAGGACGAGACCUGCCACUAAAUGUGAAAGUCCAUGGGAAAGCACGAAUACCUCCACUGAGAUGAGCAAAUGGCAUCACCUUCAUGGUGAAGAGCAUGCCAUAGCUGAGCUCCCAAACCCACUGAAAGAGCAACCAGAACUCAUAGUGGUAAAGGAAGAGCCGUCGGAGGAGGACACCAGUGACUGUGAACAACAUAGGACAAGUGAAAACAGAAGGGAAGCAUUCACAGACACCCAGAAGAGUUCAGAAGCGAUGCAGUGUCCCAAACCUGUCGCAGAAUGCCUGCAGCCUCUGUUUACCGACAGCUUUGUGACCAUGAGCAGUCAGUCGCCUCUCGCUGGACCAGGGAGGAGGGAAACGCAGUGGAAUCCACAGCUUGCACCUGCACACACAAACCAAGUGGCGGGGAAAAGCCCGGCUCAAAACGUUGCCUCCCAAAGCUUAAGUGUGCUCCGGAAUGUGAAGCUUCACAACUUGAGGAACUCGGCUGCUAAGAGGUUUGGCUGCUUGCAGUGCGGCAAGAGCUUCCGAUGCUUCAGCCAGCUUGAAAUACACCAGAGGAGCCACACGGGAGAGAAACCAUUCAGGUGCACGCUGUGUGGGAAGAGAUACGCUCAAAAGGGACAUCUGUACACACACCAGCGCACACACACUGGGGAAAAGCCCUACCGCUGUCCUAUUUGUGGAAAGGGCUUCAUUCAGAAAUGCACUCUCGAUAUGCAUCAGCGUACACACACCGGAGAAAAACCUUUUGUUUGUAUCAAAUGUGGCAAGGGCUUUACCAAGAACUGCAACCUGAAAAAACACCUGGCUGUACAUCUAGAUCCUAGUUUUCACAUGUAUGGUAGUGAAUCCAGUGUACCGACAUUCAUAUCCAGCCUCCCUUUCGAGAUGAUGUGCAACACCACGAACCGGAGUUUUCGGGCGCAGCUAGCCGCGGUCCUGGACAAGCUAACGAAGGCGGCUCUGGUUGAAAUAGGCAACCUCGCCGACGAAUGCUCCUCCGUCCUUCACACCGAAGUCUCCCAGCACAAAGCGGAAAACGAGGUGCUGAAGAAGAAGUGUUACCUACUGGAGGUCCAGCUGAGGGCAGCGAGGGAGGCGCCGUCGUAUUCUGCUCAUAUCAACGGUGUUAGCAGCAGACAUCCCGCAGAACAGCAGCAGGAGCAGCCUGAUCCAGCCAUCGAGGGGGUCUUCGGAAAGGACUGGUGCAUGGAUCUGUGGAGAGAAGAUAAACUGCCCCCUCAAAGUAAAGCCACAGUGGAGCCUGCUGCUAUGACGAGCAUGGGGCCACAGGCAAUCGACUUACUGGACAGCGAACCUGAUCUCGUCUUCGUGAAGGAGGAGAUGUAUGACGACCAUCCCAUCGGCCAGCAGAUGACGCUCACAGAUAAUAGAAAAAUCGUUGGACUUUUUGAGGAGGACAGCAUGCUUCACAGACCUGUCGAUGAGCUGCAGCUUCAACCUGUGGAGAUAAACAGCUUCCCCAUGACGGCCGACAGUCAAACGCAGCAGCUCACGCAGCCGACAAUUAUGGACAAGUUGAUAGACGACGCAACGAUGAGCACUCUGGUGGACAACACGCACCUUCCCCCAGGCGCCGCUGGCUACUCCGACUACUCGAACAUCCACAUGAAUGCGGCCAAAGAACUCAACGGUCAGUCGAGACCCGUGAAGCCCACCAAGCACUUUGAGUGCUUGUUCUGCGGGAAAAUAUUCAACUAUUUGAGCAGUUUAAAAGUCCACAUCAGGCGACACUCCGGCGAGAAGCCGUUCAGCUGCUCGAUUUGCGGGAAGCGCUUCGCCCAGAAAACGUACCUGAAACUGCACCAGCGCGUGCACUCCGGGGAGAAGCCCUACAGCUGUCUGGACUGCGGCAAAAGCUUUUCCCAGAAAAGCUCCCUGAACAUACACCUGCGGACACACACGGGGGAAAAGCCCUACAGCUGCGUGGAUUGUGGGAAAUGCUACGCGUACAAGUAUGGUCUGAAUCACCACCAGUGUUUCCAUUGAGAAUAAACCGAUCACAACUGCUACUUCAAGCGCGCUCUGUGGAGCUCCAUAGGGGCUCAAUGUGCCAAUGUAGAUUUUAAAUACUCUUAUUUAUAUCAAAGAAAGUUACGGUUAAAUGGUGCUGCUGUAAAAUCUAGUUUGGUGUAUUUUUAGCUUUAUUGUUAAGAGCAGCAGCCAAACAAGGGUACAGAGAAUAUCUGUCCUCUAGUGUCCCAUUUGAAUGAAUUUGGUUUAUUUGAUUGCUUCGGAGGGUUUAUUGUUAAAUGUGUCAUGCCCUCGACGAGCAUAUGAACUCAGUUUCACCCUAUAAUUUAUAUAUAGAUCAGAUAUCUGCUGCCUACAUUUAAAGUGGGGUGCUCAUCCAACCCAUGACAGAAAUACUUACAUUUGAUACACUGCAUGUUGUCAUACGGUUGGGCUAACAUGUUAUACCUCAGUGUCAUAUUUCAAGGGUCAAAUAAUGCCAAAAUACUUACAAGUGCUACAUCGUUUGCACACGUGUAGCAAAACAAAACUUCAAAACUACCUCUUCACGACAAUGUGGAAGUAAAACAACUCACUCUGUGUGCUUCAUUGCCCAAAUCUCACCACGGUCACACGUCAUGCCUCAUUCCUUUAUAUUUCAAGAAAGAAAGUGGGAGGGUCCAUCAUUUUAAAACACAGCUGUCUGAAGUUUUGGUUACAUAAUAUUCAAAUGAGUUGUGGUUUAAAUGGUGUUACUGUUUUAAAUGUAUUUGUAUGAGUCACAAUUGUAGAAAGAUGUUUUCAAUGUAGUCGAGCCAAAUUCCAUUGUUUUGUUUUCUAAAUGUGAACCAUUUCUAUUAUUUGUGUCAUACAAAGCACCUAUUUUGCCUGUCCUAUGUUUCCCCUGAGCCGACCACACCGACCCACUGAGUGAAUUAUUCCUGCCCAAGAGAGAAAUCCUGUGCUGUUGGAUGUUCUCCCUUUUAUCACUCAAAGCUGCAUGCCCCUCACAGAGCCACAUCAUAUGUGCAUUGUUCAGAUUGUCAAACUUGAUUUUGUAAAGACUCCACUGAUUAAACUGACUCUUCAAGUUGUUUCAGGUCAGAUCAGACAAAAGUAAAAUACUUAAAAAAUAAAAAAAAAAGUAAACAUUGAAUCAAAACAUUCAUGUGUUUUAUUGUAAGAACAAAUAAAGAAACAAACUACACUUCACUACGGUGCAGACUACAAGUCUUUAAACCAUGACAUGAACUGCCCUUACACUCAUGUGAGAAGUAGCACAUGAUGCGUCCUGAUAAAGAAAGCUAUUGUCUCCCAGCUACGGGAUGUCACUGUUUCUGUGUGCCAUUAAAUGGUUGUUGAGGUUGACCUUUUGCGUGAACGUCCUCCCACAUUUAACGCAGCGGAACGGCUUCUCUCCAGUGUGGAUCCGCAGGUGACAUUUCAGAUUGCCUUUCUGGGUGAACCCUUUCCCACAUAAGCUGCACCGGUGAGGUUUCUCUCCCGUGUGGACCACAGAGUGAAUGCUCAGAGCCGAUGAGUUUGCAAAGGUCUUCCCGCACAGAUGACAGGAUUUACUGACGAGCCUCUGAGAGGAAACCCGAGACAAGCAGGUGUGCGAUUUCAGCUUGUACCUGUGAGGGAAAUGCCGCUUACAAAUAUUGCAAAAGUUCGACUUGUGGCCCCUCAUGUGGUGCGUCAGAGUGCCCUUGUGGAAGAAUGUCAUGCCACAUAUCUUACAUGGGAACCUGUGUCCUAUUGGGUCUCUGGCGGUUUCUACAUCAAGCGUAUUAAAGUCAUCAAGGGAAUCCAGAGCGCCGCUGUUUUCAGAGCUGUUGGCAGGUAAUGUGUCCUGGUUGUUGUUGCUGGGCCCACCUUCAGCACUCAUGGUUGGCUCUUGUUGACUUUCUUCAACAAAUUGUACACCAUCAUCAUCAUCAUCCUCUUCUUCCUCCUCCUCCUCAAUCGGAAUGGUAUGAGUGCUGAAGGCCCCCUCUGUGUCACUGAUGGAUAUCAGCUGAACUGUCGGUUCUUCGUUACCACCUGAACACACAACCUGUUCUACAUCCGGAUCUAAUGACAGGCUGCACGUGCUGCCUACGGCCGAGUGACCGACUGACCGGUGCUCUGCUUCCUCAGCGAUGCUUUCUUCAUGUUCUGUUGCAUUAAAAACAAAACACAGUCAAAACACUCAAAAGGCAUCUAAAUCUGUGUUGUGUAAACUGUUUCCUCAUGCGAACCCUCCUUCACUCUCUUACCUUCUGUACCAAGUGUUUCCUGCUGGCAGCAGUUUACAGCGUCCUCCACAUAAUCCGCCUCCUGUUUGAUCUGAGACACAGGAAUCUGGUGGAGCAGCGUCGCCACAGGCUGCUCAAAUAGGAAAAGUCAAAAUGUUACAAUGCCAUUAAAUUCGGCAACAUUUUCUAUGAGAGCAACGCUUCACCAGACUAAAGCUGAAAUGACGAGUCGAGUAGACGAUUGGAAAUGAAUGGGCAGAACUUUUGACAAUUGAUUAAUUCUUCACGUCAGUGAAAAAUGUAAAACCUUCUCUGGUUCCUGUUCCUCAUAUAAGGUGAUUUUCUGCCUCUCUCUUCAUUAUAGUUUUGUAAAUUAGUUAUCUUUGGGUUUUGGACUGGUGGUUGGACAAAACCUGCAAUUUGAAAACAUCAUGUUGGGCUUUGGGAUCUUGUGAUGGGCAGUUUUAUUAUUAUAACUAUUAGACAUUGAUCAAAGUUGUAGGAUUUUUCAACUUUUAUGAUAUAUUGAUUUGUCAAAAAAAAGUGACAAUAAAAACAA